UGACGACUGCUCUCACUCUGCUGUUGUAGUCUGGGGAGGGUCGGAGUUUCUUUCUAGUUUUUGUAGUGUCUGUAUACCCACAGGAAAGGCGAUCGCGGCGACUUUGUGUUUGUUCUUGCAAAGAAAAAGUGAGAAGAGUCGACUCGAGAAAUGGCGUACUCGGGUUUGACGGUGCCUAUUAUCGUUAUGUCUGUGUUUUGGGGGGUCGUUGGUGGAGUCGUCCCCUGGUUUAUUCCCAAGGGACCUAACCGAGGGGUUAUCAACACUAUGCUGGUGACUUGCGCAGUUUGCUGUUAUUUGUUCUGGCUAAUUGCAAUCCUGUCCCAGCUUAACCCACUCUUUGGACCACAGCUAAAAAAUGAAACUGUCUGGUACCUUUAUUACCAUUGGUCUUAAGUGGCUUGGCAUUCAGACUAUGGUCAGUAAUCAGCCUUUACACAAUGACGCCUUUCCAAGGACUUCCACCAUUAAGUCUUUCUUCAGAAACAUUCCAGAUGAAGCAAACUUUUUACUUACCGCUGCCUUCUGCUGCUGCUUUCUGACCACAUUAAAUAUUUAAGAGUGCCCUUUAUAAAGUUUGUUUGCUUUAAAUCUAAUUUUAGGAGGAGAAGGAAGAAAAAAAAUGCAGAUAUAAAGCGUUACUUGGCCCGGAGUUUGCCUGGUUUUUUUUUUUUUUUGUUUGUUUUUUUUUAAAUUCAAUAUUCCCGUUUAAAUGAUUUAUGAAACAGUUUAACACAGUGCUGUAUAAAGGUACAGAGGAACUGGCAGAAUCAAUGAAGCUUAAUGUUAAAAUAUUUAUUUGUUAAUUUGGAUUAUACUGUACUUGAAAAAUUCACAUUGCCAUGAUUUCUGUUUCUUGAAAUAAAUGCAAUCUUGUGUUUCA